AUGAACGAACCAACGGACCAUGAUGAAAUUGCUAAGCCUCGCGCGAUUCUCACAAACCCUGAAGUGCUGAACAAUCCUCACGGGGAUAUUGAUGGGCCUACUCCUGAAGAAAUCGAAGCCGAUGAAGGUAUUGGAACACAUCUAUUAGUUGAUCUGGAGGACGAUGCUGACGAAAUAUACUUGGUUCACUCGAGAGUGUCGUCUAUGAAGAGCUUGAAGUUAGAACGGUUUACGCAUAUCGAGAAAAUAUGCCUUCGCCAGAAUCAAAUAACCCGAAUAUACCUUCCUGAUAACCUUGUACCCACAUUAAUGGAGCUCGACCUCUAUGACAACAAUAUCUCGCAUGUGAAAGGACUUGAUCACCUUGUGAAUUUAACAAGCCUUGAUCUCAGUUUCAAUGAUAUCAAACAUAUCAAAAACAUCUCUACGCUGGUGCAUUUGAAAGACCUAUACUUUAUUCAAAACCGAAUUCAAACGAUUGAGGGGCUGGAAGAAUUCAAAGAAUUGCGGAAUCUGGAGCUUGGUGCAAACAAAAUAAGGGAAAUCGAUAAUCUUGAUAACUUGACUGCUCUUGAGGAGCUAUGGCUUGGAAAGAACAAAAUAUCCGAGAUUAAGAACAUUUCUUCCCUUACUAACCUAAAAAUACUCUCCUUACCAUCCAAUCGAAUUGAAACCAUCUCUGGACUUGAGUCCCUUUCCAGCCUUGAGGAACUCUACUUGUCAGAUAAUCUCCUCACUGGAAUAUCUGGACUGGAAAACAACUCAAGCCUCCGUAUUUUAGAUAUUUCUAACAACAAAGUGUCCCGGCUCGAAAAUUUGUCGCAUUUACCCAAAUUAGAGGAGCUAUGGGCAUCAAAUAACCAACUUGCCAGUUUCGAAGAAGUCGAGCGUGAACUGAAAGACAAAGAAGAGUUAAAUACUGUGUACUUUGAAGGAAAUCCACUUCAGAAAGCGUCGCCGGCCUUAUAUAGGAAUAAAGUGCGGCUUGCUUUACCCCAGAUUAAACAAAUUGAUGCCACAUUCGUGAGAGUAUAG